AUGAGCGCUGUCACCCCAAGAUCCCUCGCCGGAGAGGACAAGAAGACGUCAUGGCCGGAUGUAGUGGGGAAGUCCAUUGAGGAGGCCAAGGAGAUCAUCCUUAAGGACAUGCCUGACGCCGACAUCGACGUCCUUCCUGCUGGCUCGGCGAUGACCCUCAACUUCAGGACCAACUGUGUCCGCAUCAUCGUCAACACCGUUGCGACCACUCCUUCCAUUGGCUAGCUAGCUUUUCGAGCGAGAGGCAACAUAGAUGCAUUAUGCAUGCUGAUGAAUAAGUUGUUUCAAUACACCAGCGUGUAUCAAUGUAGCUCACCGUUCGUAUGUUGCUGAUGUGUU